AUACUCAAUUGAUUGAUGUUUUUAUUAGAAACUUCUGCAUCAGUAUUAAAAUUUAGAUGUUAUGCUAGGAAUGAAAGCUUAUGAAACAGAUGAGAAAGAGUUGAUUAUGGAACCAUCACUGAAAUGGGCUGGAAAUCCGAAUAUUAUUGUGGUGGUUAAAGCAUUUGGAUUGAAGGCAACCUUACAGGUAGUAGAUUUGCAAGUCUUUGCUAUACCGCGAAUUACAUUGAAGCCUUUGGUUCCUAGUUUUCCUUGUUUUGCAAAAAUCCUCGUCUCGUUAAUGGAAAAGCCACAUGUUGACUUUGGACUAAAACUUCUGGGAGCUGAUGUUAUGGCAGUUCCUGGUCUUUAUAGAUUCGUGCAGGUAUUCUGCUGCCAUUGUUUAUUAAAUCAGACGAUUGUGACUAACAACUGGUUGAUGCAUCCAUACGCAAGUGUAAAUGGAAAGAGAACAAAGCAUUACCACACUUCAGAAUAAAAUCCUAUAGUGGCUCCAUCUCCCAUUUGAUUCAUAAUUUUCUCUGGUGAUCUACCGUAUCAAACACUUAAGCUACAGAAAUCUACAGACAAGGCAGAAUGAGCCAGAGAAUGACCAAGAAAUAAACUUGACAAUAACUAUUACACAACCCUAGCAAUUGAAGAUGACUUAGUUUGA